CAGCACCGCCAUGGCGCACGCGACGUCGCGACGUCAAAAACACUUUGAACAAUUUCAAUUUAUCCAUGCCGAAAAAAUCUUUCCGCGUCGCGACACGAUUUACCUGGUGAUAAACUUCCGAUCGUAGGCUGGUGUUUCGCAACAGUGUUUCGGGCAGUGCCAAUCGUGUAGUCGCGAGUGAUACUAAGGGUGACAUUUCAGAAAUAUUAGGUGUGAAUUUUGAUCCUUCACAGAGCCAACGGCGCGCGGAGCUGAUACCCUUUCACGGGAUCAUUUGACGAGACAAGCCGAGACUCCGCCGGGGGUGGGCGUCGACGCACGCACCCCUUCUCUCACACGCGCCCGGAUACAUAGAGAGCACCGACGCGACGCGCAACGUCGACUGUGCGUGGCAACGUUACAAAAAGGAGAAUUUUCGCUCUCGAGUUUAAUCCUCACGAGGGGCGUGUAACUCGCCGUGUGAGCAUAUCGAAAAGAGCGACAUCAUGGGACUGUGCAACGUCGCGCGAGAAGGGUCGUCGACUCAAGGAAAUAAACUCCGAAAAUUGUUUCGCUUAAGGAACACCGCGCCUGUACAUCGUUCCUAAUUGACAGAUAGAGGAAGGGGGCCAGCGACGGGGGGCAACUAGAGAAGCGGGAAUGAGAAGAGGGUCGGGCGGAAGACACGAAGCAGCGUUCGAAAUUUACGAGUGAGUCGGUUUGCUUGCACGUCGUGGGGUCCAAGAUGGUGUCUAGGGGCGGUCGUGCGCCGUAACAAAUGGUUGAGCCGUGAACCCGCUCGCCGUGCAACGACACCGGAAACGGGCGGCAGCUAUCCUGCGAGCGAGCCCGGGUGGUCCGCGAGAAUUCGCGAGGACACGGAUGUGAAGCUCGCCCCGGGCGUCUCCCGCGCGGCGAAUUGCUCCGAGGCACGAAAGCCGAACGGCGCGAGUUGCGCUCGUUUACGACGAAAUUACCCGGAGACAGGAUGACUGUGAAAUGUCGACGAUGAGACGCCGCGCGUUUCGCGACGAUUGCCCCGCGAGAGAACGCGCCGCGUCGCGAUAACACGCGCUCGCGGAUGUCCUGGGGAUGACGAGGUGUCGCGCGUCCCGACGUUGAGAUCUCGAUAACGGCUGGGUCCAUGGUGACCCGGCCAGAUGGGUUAAAGAAUCGCCACUCGCGAUCGACGGCCUUGCUAGGUAGUCUCGUGCUGCUCGCGAAAUGGCGAUCGUCCCGCGUUCUCGAAGGUGCAACAAGUGGUGUCCAGUUCCUCAAUGCUGAGACGUCAUCCAUGUUACCCGACGGACGGACGAGGGGAUUUGAUCCGGGGCCGAUCAGGUUCGCGACCGGUUGGAUCGAGACUCUCGAACGGGAGGGUCGCCGUUGUGUCCCGGAACGUGCGCGACGCCAGCGGGAUUAAGCGGGUCUAAUGAACUUUGUAUUCCCGUCUCAAGUACGAUCGUCUCGAAAUUUUUUCGCGUCAGGAUUCCCUUUGCCGGUCUAAGUAGAUUUACCUCUGCCGCGGAAAAAACGUUCGACCAGCGCAUCGAGAGUCGAGAGGUCCCGACUCGAUGCCGUUCGUUAACUUCCCUCGUCAAAGGGAACUGGUUGAUCGUGGAAUCCAAAAGGUAGACGACGAGUAGCCCCCGAGCUGGGGGUUUAACCUGAUUCCAACCACUGGUUUCCCACGAAUCGGAGUAUUCGCGUACUCGGAUCCACCGAUAUCACCUUCGUCAGGAAGAUACGUACAAGUUAAUUCGCCCGAAACGAGAGAGAAGCUAGUGUUACAAAUUAAUAUACGUAUUAAUGUUAGUUGAAACGACUCAAUGUCGCGCGUCAAUGCUCGAAGAGAGACUGCAAACGCGAGUCCAUGGCGACGAAGGUGCUCUACGUUGUGCGGACGAGGGAAAACGGCCGGCUCGCCGGGGAUCGUCGACAAUUCUUGGAGCUGCUACCUGACCUCUCGCCGGCAGAUCUGUUGACUGACGUAGCGGCAUCGUUUGCACGCCGCGGGCAAACACGUCCCGCGACUCGCUUAAGAACGGGAACCUUGCGAUAAUCCACGUCGAGGCGUUGUCGCAUCCGCAGAGACGUCGUCGAGUGAGACGAUGGUGAUGAAGAUAUCCGCGAGCGAAGCUGGCGUUCCUCUACUAGGCGCCGUCGGUCCGCGCUACGUCGUCAAGCAGGCGACGGUGAAGCGUUGCGUCCUGGCGCUGCUGCUCGUCUCCAUCGCCAGUAUAUUCUACUACACUCACUACAUCAUCAGCAGUGGCCCGCUAUCCAGUUUGAUACACCGAGAUACGAGGCCAGAGCCAGCGAUACGAUGCUCGACUCUGAGAGGAGCGACCAGACUACCGUCAGCACCAGACCAUCGCAGUGAAGCUCGAUUAAGGAUAGACCCGAAGGUGUUGGUCUUCGUAGAAACCCUAUACUCGCGGUUAGGCCGAGAGAUAGCCGAGCUGCUAGUGUAUAAUCGAAUAAAACGCGGCGCAGCUUCCAUCUCUGAUGCAAACGCCGGGGAGACUCUUGACGUAUCGCCGCCAGUACAGGCGUGAGUCCUCGUACUUAGGAAAAAUACGUGAGAGAUAAUUAAACAACAGUUUGCACCAAGUGGAGAGUCGCGGUGUUUCGUUUCGUUGGCGCGCAGU